AUGGCGCGUAGAUUUGACCGUAGCGGUCUUAUCGUCUUCUUGACCGCUAUUUACGUCUGCUCAUCGCUGUCCUCUCCGUCCCUCGCCAGCAGCGCCGACUACGCCAACCAGGCUUCCCCCUCCCUCUUCCCUGCCCCUUCCCGCCGUCCCGCCGUCCCGCCUCCCCGCCUCCCCCUCCCCUUCCCCCUAGACUCCGUGCCCCCAACCGACACGUGGAAGGAAUCCAAGCCGUUGCUGCCGCUCUCCGGGCAAGCGCGGAACGCCACCGUCCGAUCCGACGUCACCUCCUUCUUCCGCGUCCCCAGCACGUGUGGCGACGCAAGCGGCGCCGCAGGAGGCGGAGAAGGGCGAGGAGCAGGGGCAGCGGCGGGGUGGAACACUGGGGUGGGUGGAAGCGGCGGGGACGCGCGGUGGUAUGUGAAUGUGGAGAUAUGGGGGCUGUUUGCGCCGGGAAACGACACGUCCGUGUUCUACCUGCCCAUGCUCAUGGUGAACAGUGCUGGCGAAGUGCCCACCGUGCUGGUUACCAACACGCUGCAAUAUCGCCUGGACGAUCACACGAGCAUAGACUACCCCAGUAAGAGCGCGCACCGCUUUUACCCAAUGCCAGAAAUCAGAAUGCCUGCAAACCCUAACACCUCUUUCCCCACUUCUUUGCCUACCGCUUUGCCCGCCUCUUUGCCCCGUGUCAUUGCUGUCCUUUCCGUGCUUCCGCCCAUCUCAUCCCACCACCCCAUCCUUCUGACGUCUUCCCAUGUUUUCCUUCCCAUGUUUUCCUUCCCAUGUUUUCCUUCCCAUGUUUUCCUUCCCAUGUUUUCCUUCCCAUGUUUUCCUUCCCAUGUUUUCCUUCCCAUGUUUUCCUUCCCAUGUUUUCCUUCCCAUGUUUUCCUUCCCAUGUUUUCCUUCCCAUGUUUUCCUUCCCAUGUUUUCCUUCCCAUGUUUUCCUUCCCAUGUUUUCCUUCCCAUGUUUUCCUUCCCAUGUUUUCCUUCCCAUGUUUUCCUUCCCAUGUUUUCCUUCCCAUGUUUUCCUUCCCAUGUUUUCCUUCCCAUGUUUUCCUUCCCAUGUUUUCCUUCCCAUGUUUUCCUUCCCAUGUUUUCCUUCCCAUGUUUUCCUUCCCAUGUUUUCCUUCCCAUGUUUUCCUUCCCAUGUUUUCCUUCCCAUGUUUUCCUUCCCAUGUUUUCCUUCCCAUGUUUUCCUUCCCAUGUUUUCCUUCCCAUGUUUUCCUUCCCGCCUUCUCCCCCGGAGCAGACUUUCGGUCGGGGCAGCCGUACCAGAUAGUGAGCGUGCCGCAGGACGACCUCGUUAAGAACGGCUCCGUUAACACGACGGAGCUGAUAGUGGGCAUAUUCAGCGACUCGUACAUUGCGGAGGGGCAGGACCUGGGCUUCUCCAUCCGCGCCUUCUGCUCGCAGGGCAGGGGGUGUCCGCUGAACUGCAGUGGGCGGGGCGUGUGCGGGCAGGGGGGAGUGUGCCAGUGCCCCGAGGGGUGGGGCGGCACUGCUUGCGCUGAUGGUGAGACACGGGUGGGCGUGGGGGAUGCAGGAAGGGAGGGCUGUGUGCGGGCAGGGGGGCGUGUGCCAGUGCCCCGAGGGUUCCGCCCAUCAGUUCCGUGGGGGAUACAUGCAGGAAGGGAGGGGUGUGUGUGGGCGGGCAGGGGGCUGUGUGCGGGAGGGGGGAGUGAGCCAGUGCCCCGGGGCGGCGCUGCUUGCGUGGAUGGUGAGACGUUGGGGAAGGGGGGUGGGAUUGCUGAGGCGGCAGUGGUGCAUGACAUCCAGCCGGGUUUGCAGACCCUUGCUCCCGGGCAAUGGGCCUUCUUCCAGAUUCAGGUGACCCAACCUCACACCAAGCUGCUCAUUCAAAUGGAGCGAGCAGCGGGCGACCUUGUCCUAUUCGCCAAGCGACAGGAGCAGGGCUUCCUGCCCUUCGGCAUGCCCACCGUCUUCGACUUCAACGGCUUUGCCGACAUGGACUCCUUCCGCCAGCGCCUCGACCGCCACCAAAUCGUCUGGAACCGCACUAAACCGGGGAUCGUGUUGGUGGCCGUACUGAACAACGAUGUGGAUUUGAGGGAGACGGGCGGGUUCAGACUGGAGUAUCGGCUAGCUGUGGGGCGCGAGGGCAGGGCGCUGUGCCCGUGGGACUGUGGGUGGCCCGCUGGGUUCUGCCAGGCGAUGGUGCCGGAAGGAGGAGGGAACGGGGGGGCGGAUGGAGGGGAUGGGAGCGCGGAGACGCAGUGCGUUUGCAACCCGGACUCUGCGGGAAGCUUCUGCCAGGGAGGCCUGCAGACAGCGGAGCUAGGCAAGGCAGUGAGUGGUGUGCUGCCUCCGGGGCGAUGGACGUACAUGCAGUUCACCUUCAACCCCACCACCAACAAGCAGAUCGUCAUCAGCUUCACCCGCAAAGGCGGUCAAGCCAGCCUAGUAGCGAGGCAGGGAGCCGUGCCCUCUCUACUUGAAAAUGAUUAUCGCUUCACAGUGCGAGUGACGAACGACACGCUGGUGUCGCUGUUUGACGUGGUGAACUCGUCCCUGGAAGGGCCCUACACGUUUGGCAUCUUCAACCUCAACUACUAUGUGCACCAGAGCUGCGAGUUUGAACUGGAAUUCAAGUACAAAGACUCCUCCAGCUUCUUUGACUCGCCAUACAUAAUCAUAAUCUAUGCAGUGGUCGCCUUCCUGCUGCUCGUCCUCAUAGUCAUCGUGCUAAGAUGUGUCAUCCGCCGCCCGCCCCCCGCCGCUGCUGACGUGGAGCUCUCCGCCAUCGGUGACAUGGACAGGCAUGUGGAGGCAGCGCCAACGGGGGUGGACAGGGCGCUGGUGGAGUCAUUCCCGCUGGUGAAGUUCAGAGACGACCUCUUUGAGUCCUCUGAUGACGCGCACUGUGCGGUGUGCCUGGCGGACUAUGACGAGCAGGAGAGUCUGAGGAAGCUGCCGGCGUGCAGCCACUACUUCCACGUCUCAUGCAUCGGGGAGUGGCUGCGCACACGCUGCUCCUGCCCCCUCUGCCGCCGCUACGUGCUGCUGCAGCCCCCACAGCCCCAGCAACCAGAACAGACAGAACAGCAACAGAAUCCGUCACAGAUAGAGCAGGCAGGACAGCCGACCCAGCCCACACAGUUGGAGCUGAACAACCGAAGUUGUGCGGAGGAUCAGUCGGGGCAUCUGCUUCCAACCCCGUUGGGGCAGAGCAUUGAGAGGUGUGAGGAGGUGCGGUCAGAGCAUGAGGAGGAGGAGCGAGUGGCAGUGCAGGGGCACGGGAUGGCGCAAGUGGGUAUAGAGGGAGGUGAGGUUAUAGAGGGAGCUGGGGAGGAUUGUGGUGUGCCGCACCUACAGCAGGAGCGGCAAGAGCUGCAGGAGGAGCAGCAUCGGCAACAAUUACAAGAGCAGGGGGAAGGGGAGAGGGAUGGGCAGUGGCAUGAAGAGGAGAGACUGAUGAAGCGGGAGGGGGAGGAGCAGAUGAAGCUGGAGGAGUGUGAAGGGGAGAAUGAUAUAAUAUGUAACCCAGAGCCAGCUUUAGAAGGCUUGUUGGAUAGAGAUGGAAGGCAGCAGGGGGAGCGGCAUGGGGAGGAUCAUGCAGAACUGGCUGAGCAUGCAUGCAUUAGCAGGAUUCCAUAA